AUGACAUACCUUGCAGAUCGUGCUGGCAGGCGGACGGUGGACCUCAAGGCAGCAGUCAAGUUGCCCAAAUACCUUAGUUGUCGAUUUUUGGAGAUUCAUAUCACUUCAGAAGCAGUAAUCCUCAACCGCAUUCCAAGCUGUCAUUGCAAGAAACGCCUCGAGAGUCUUUUAGUUCGACUCGUUCCCAGCUUCCCGCCCUCCGAUGCCAAUUGCAUUCACGAGGCAACAAUUUCGGACACGAUAAUGGCCGCAGUUGUGUCGUUUUUGCUCAACCAGCACGACUAUGCAGUCCAGGCCCGCAGAGUCCCGCCCCCUUAUCCACCAAUGACCCUUGAUGGGCGAAACCUUGUCAUUGUAUCUUGCAUCAUGAUGUCACUCACAACCGUUUGGACUAUCAUGCGUAUUAUGUCGAAGUAUAUCGUUGGCGCGGCCUACCUUGCUGAGGACUAUUUCUACUUGGUUGGUCAGGUAAGUUUCGUGGUAGACUUCAGUUUAUACCUACUGGGCCGCGGUUGGCUGAUUUCCGGCUCUUCUAGGCCUUCUUCUAUGGUGCUGCGAUCUCCUGCAUUCUCUACCAAGCCGAGCGAUGGAGGAAGCAAGCUUCUGUUCAGCUUGGUGCCUAUUUUCGACAUUCUCAUCGACGUUAUCAUCGUUGCUCUUUCGAUGAAAGUUGUUAGCACCUUGCAAACGUCCAGACCGGAUAAAAUUGCACUCUACCUCAUAUUUGGUGCCGGUAUCAUAUUUCAUGUCAACACUUUAUGGAGGCUCUACCCCGAGGACAAAGAUACCGAUGCAACAGCGGAACACAACACCAUUCUGUUUUCCGGCGUCCGCUUGUAUCAUACGCUUACCGUCGACUAUGGGAACAUAUUCAUGGUGGCAUUCAGCCCUAUCCUCCGGCCCAUAUUCGACCGAACGAUAGCCAGGUGGCUGAAUCUAUCUAUCUGGGGCAACGGAAGGACUAUCGCCACGGGGCAUGUAAGGACUUUAAGAGGCCCCGCGACCACGCGCAACUUUUCUGGUGUACGAACAACUCUUAGUCGAAGCGAUGGUUUCAAGCGGAGCACGGAUAACAGCGACGCGGAUGACAGCCUUAGCUGGGAACUGGAGGGUUUCGAGACCUUGAGGCGAAAGAGUGACCAGGCCCAAAUUUCGGCUCAUGCAGAAGCCCAAGUGCCUGAUCGUAUCAGUCCUCUCUCGCUUGGUGGAGGAAUUUCUGUCAAACAUACUUUUACGAUAGAGUCUCAUGUGACUCGGCUGCCCUCGUUUUCUGGAUUCGUAACCACGGACAAUCAGCCUAGCAAGACCGACGUAGCUUAG